AAAAAUUAAGAAAUUAAGAAAUUUAUCUUAAGAUAUUAAGAAAUUUAUGUUAAAAUAUUUAAAUAAUAAAGAAUUUUAUAAUUAUUUUUUAAAUAAGAAUAUUUUUUUAAAACCAGCUUUAAAAAUAGCAUAUUUUUCAGAUUUGUCGUUAAUUUAUAAAGAUGAAUUAAAAAGAAUAAAAUCAGGGGAUUUAAACAAGUUUAUAAAGGCAGAUGAUACGGAUUUAUCUGAAAAAGAAGAUAUAAAUAGAAAAGUUUCUAAUAAAGAUAAUUUAAUCAUAUUAAAUUCAAACACAGAAAGUUCAGAAUUAUCUAAUACAAUUGGAGAAAUAGUAAAUAAACCAUUUGAAAAUUCAUGUCAAAAAGAAGAGAAAAUAUAUCAUUUACAUGCUUAUUGUACAGAUAAUAAUACAAUUAUUACAUUAACUAAUUCAAAUUAUAAUCCUAUUAUUUGCAUUUCAAGUGGUAUGGUUGGUUUUAAGAAAGGACAAAGAGGAGGAUAUGAAGCAGGAUAUCAAACAUGUAUGUCUUUAUUUAAAAAAAUGAUGGAAAAGAAUAUUUAUCCAACACAAUUUGAAAUUAUUCUUCGAGGCUUUGGAAAAGGUAGAGAAGCGAUAUUUAAAUGUGUUAAUGGGAUAGAAGGGUUACCUUUUAAAUCAUCUGUAUCACGUAUUACAGAUGCAACAAGAAUAAAUUUUGGUGGUGUAAGAAGUAGAAAAGCUAGAAGAUUAUAAUAUAAUAUAAUAUAUAUAUAUAUAUU